AUGUUUGAGAGUGUGAUCUGCGCGAAUCCGCCGCGUGGUCGAUGGAGAAGCCAUGCGGUCAGCGAUAUACUUAACAGCGCAACCAGAGUCUUCAACAUCCCCGAACUCCUCGAACUAAUCCUCCUCUCCCUCCCCCACGACACCAUCCACCAAGAAAUCACCUCCAUCCGCACCAUCCUCCUCGCCCGCACAACCACCCGGACCUGGCACAACCUCAUCCUCGACUCCCCGCCCAUCCGCAAAACCCUCUACCUCCCGACCCCAACCUCCGCCGCCGACAGACUCACCUGGAGCGAAAAACACUCCUUUCCCCCAGCGGACCCAAACCCCUGGAUUCCCAACCUCCUCCUCCACCAACGAAGCUGGGGCUCCGCCUACCCCUUCGACACUUUCACCACCACCACCACCACCCCCUCCGACAUCCACCCCACAACCCCGAAACACUGGACCUUCUCCUUCGAAAUCAGCCGCGCCCAGUACACCCGCCUCCCUGCCCCAGGCCCCUGGCGAGAUAUGCUCGCGACCUCCCCGCCCUUCACGCAUUUCUGGUAUACGCGAUGUUUCUACGAACUGGGGUCCGGACGCGCGCCGUUCGUGACGCAUCUGGAUUAUGACGCGGGGGUGCCGAAGUGUGAGCAGAGGUUGAGGAGGGGGUGUGCAGAGGGCGUGACGCUGGGGAUGAUUUGCGAUGCUGUGGGGGAUUUGUUUGAGGGGGAUCCUAGGGCGAGGUUUGCUAUGGUGGAGAGUUUGAGGGUUAAGGGGGAGGGGGAUGAGGGGGAGGAGGGGCCGAGGACGAAGGCGUUUGUUCCGGGUUCGUCGGCGGAGAGGGCGGUGGGGUGGGCGAGGGGGCAUUGGGGUGACUAG